GAUCCUCUCUAAAGCCCUGUGACGAGCCACCAUGGUACGCCUAACCAUAGACCUGAUUGCUAAAUCUAGAAACCACUUCAAAAAGAAAAGGGGCCUCUCCUUUCCAGAGUACCUCAAGACACUCACCCACCUCCACUUUUUCAGCAAGAACAUUGAAGACAUUGGGGAUCUCUCCAUGUGUAGAAACCUCACCGUUCUUUACCUGUAUGAUAAUCAGAUCACACACAUUUGCAACCUUGGCUUUGCCUCCAACCUCACUCAUCUUUAUAUGCAGAACAAUAACAUCACUCAUAUAGAUAAUCUCUCCAAUCUGCAGAAGCUCUCCAAACUGUAUCUGGGUGGAAACAGGAUUGCUAUGGUGGAGGGCUUAGAGACCCUCUGUGAGCUCAGGGAGCUUCAUCUGGAGAAUCAGAGGCUGGAACCAGGGGAAAAGUUGCUCAUUGACCCCAUGAACCUCCUCUCACUGGCUGAAUCUCUUUGUGUCCUGAAUAUCAAUAACAACAACAUUGAUGACAUCAGGGACCUGACAGUGCUGAAGAAACUCCAGCAUUUCUCUGCUGCUGACAAUAGAUUGUACAAUAUGGAGGAGUUAGAGGAUGUGUUCAGCCAUUGGCCUCAGUUGCUUCAAAUGGAUUUGGUUGGAAAUCCUGUGUGUGAAAAAAAAAAGUACAGAGACCGCCUAAUAACCGCGGCCCAUAGCCUGGAGGUUCUGGAUGGCAAGGGAAUUAAUGAGUUAACCAGACAGUUCCUUAUUAACUGGAAAGCAUCCAAAGAGGCCAGGAAGAAAAAGAACAACAAGCAUUUGAUGACGGGAUCGUUCGUCCCCUGUCCUUUAACAAAUGACGUUUGUCAGGGUGGACAUCCGGGCCCCGUCUACAGCCACGCCGGCCUGCACAGAUGGAAGCCGCAGACGUCUCUCAGAAAUCAAACGGCACAAAAAUGAAAGAUUCCUAGGAACGGACUUGUCAUUCAUGUGGCUGCCCUAUCGCCCAUCUGCAGUCAUGGAUGCUUAAGACAAAACCUACCAGUCCACUAAAAUCUCCACCUCCUCCACACAUGCAGGAAGA